GCUAAAAUCUUGGAAUCAAGGUAAAAUAAUUGAUGUUUUCUGCCUAUCUUGCUCGCACAGUUAACCAACCUACACAUUCUUAUCGCUUUUUACCCUUUAUUCUAAGAUCAAUAGCUGCCCAACAUGGUUCUUCAUAUUCGCAUUCAACAUAUACUUUCAGUCAGGCAUUUCGUCAAACACUUGGCAUUCGAUCCCCAAGACUGGAUUACAGCUAUUUUUCUACCCUCCAGCCACCCCAUGUUCAUAACCACUACGAAACCAUAAACUUCACCCAGUUAACAGAGUGCAUCGAUGAAAGUAAAAAGUUGGGUGUGAUUGAAUUAGUCAAAUUAUUACGCAGUAAUUUCGAUUCUGAAGGGGUAGAGUCGAAGGAUUUUCUUGAUGGGUCUGGCAUCAAGCCAAGUGAAGAUUUGAUUGUUUCAGUGAUUUGGGCCUUACGAGAUGAAUGGAAGCUGGCAUUUUUCGUGUUUAAAUGGGGUCAGAAAUGGAGAUGCGAUGAUGAAAAAGCUUGGAGCUUGAUCAUAUGGGUAUUGGGGAACCAUAAAAAAUUCAACAAUGCUUGGUGUUUGAUUCGAGACUUAUAUCAAUCUUCUAUGGAUACUCAGCGCCCAAUGUUCAUUCUGAUUGACAGAUAUGCAGCUGCAAACGAACCAGCCGAAGCAAUUCGUACAUUUCAAAUAAUGGAAAAGUUCAAAUUGAGUCCGGAUCAGAAGGCAUUCUACACACUCUUGUAUACCCUCUGUAAGCAUGGAAAUGUUGAAGAGGCCGAAGAGUUCAUGUUUCUAAACACAAAGCUCUUUCCACUUGAAACCGAGGGCUUCAACAUCAUUCUUGGUGGUUGGUGUAAUAUAUUCGUCGACAUAUUUGAAGCCAAGAGAAUUUGGAAAGAAAUGGACAAAUGCCGAGUGAUCCCAGAUGAAACUUCGUAUACCCACUUGAUUUCUUGCUUCUCGAAAGUCAACAAUCUGUUUGACUCGCUCAGAUUGUACGAUGAAAUGAAGAAGAAGGGAUGGAAACCCAACAGAGAGGUCUAUAAUUCCUUGGUUUAUGUACUUGCACGUGAGAAUUGCUAUAACGAAGCUCUCAGAAUCUUGCACAAAAUGAAGGAGGCGAAUCUGAAGCCCGAUUCUAGCACUUACAAUCUUAUAUUACGUCCGCUAUGUGAAUCAGGAAAACUGGAGGAUGCAAGAAGUAUACUGUCGAGAAUGUUGGAAGAAAACGUAAGCCCUGCUAUCGACACAUAUCAUGCGUUUCUGGAAGGCACGGGAGUAAGUUUCGAAGAACGUUUGGAACUUCUCGACCGCAUGGCGAAAUCGGGGAACGGUCCAAAUAAGGAUACUUUUCUUAUACUUGUUGGUAAGUUUUUCCAAUUAGAUGAGGUUGAAAAUGCAUUGAAGAUUUGGGUGAAAAUGAAAGAGUUUGAAGUUUCACCUGAUUCUGCACAUUUUAUGAUAAUGGUAGAAGGGUUAGUGAGGCAUGGGUUAACAGGCAAGGCCAGGGAAUUAUAUGCUGACAUGAUAUCUAUCGGAAUUACCGACGAUCCGAAACUGAAGAAGCUAUUGAAGGAUUCGUCACAAGACGACGAACGGAGGAAAAUAAAGAAACCGGGAAUGAGAAAUGCAAAAUAUGGUGACCGAGGUGGGCGUGGGCGACGUAUGAAGAAAUGGGUUCGUGGUAAAUGAUUCAGAGAAUGGAUAGCAACCGGAAUGACUUCAAACUAGCACAUACGAUGCCCCUUGGGGUAGCUGAAUCAUACGGGGGCGAUUGGUUCGGCAAUAUUUCUGGAAUGUGUAAAGAAGUACGAAUUUGAAAGAACUGAAAUGGA